AUGUCUGACGCUGCCAGGACUAUGGACGGCGUUUUUGCUGUUCAUAAGCCGGCAGAUAUUACCUCCGCGCAAGUCCUGCGCGACCUCCAGAGGCAGUUCAAUAGAUCCGAAUUCUUCAAGCCGUGGCUAGCAGCUGAGCGUCAGCGAUUAAAAGAAGAACCCUCUUGGAAUAACCGGCGUCGAGGAAAGAAGUCGAAGUAUAUAGAUGUCAAGCUUGGUCACGGCGGAACUCUCGAUCCAAUUGCGACAGGAGUCUUGAUAACAGCCGUUGGAAAAGGCACCAAGCAGCUCAAUAACUUUCUUGCAUGCACGAAGACAUACGAAGCUGUCGUUCUGUUCGGUGUAGCAACGGACAGCUAUGAUAGAGUCGGGAAGGUGGUUAGCAGGGCACCGUAUGAGCACGUUACAAGGGAGAAGGUUGAAGAGGCAUUGAAGAAAUUCCGCGGCAAGAUUAUGCAACGGCCAUCUAUCUUUUCGGCAUUGAAGGUUAAUGGAAAGAAACUAUAUGAAUAUGCAAGAGAAGGAAAAGAGCCGCCUGCCGAAAUAUUAGAAAGACCUGUUGAAGUUUCGAAUCUCGAAAUUGUGGAGUGGUAUGAUGGAGGUUCGCAUAAGUAUGUGUGGCCUACGGAAGAAGCUGAAGGCCCAGAGAAAGAUAUUGCGAAGAAAAUGCUAGCAAAGGACUCAACCGCUAUGGAAGCCGGAACUACAACCAAAACUACGAGUGAUUCCCUUGUUGGUGACACAUCAGGGCAGGAUGGAACAAGCCAGAAAAGGAAAACUCCGCCUCCGCCGGAUACAGCAAACGUUGAUACACGGGAAGAUACAACGGCAGCGGAGACAAGUAUCCCAGCAAAAAGACAGAAGCUGGACUCCGAAAGUCAAGGGGAACAAACUACCACUACCGAAGACAAAGAGUUACCUGCUUCAACCACACCCGCAGCGGAGGCGGAGCCAUCCCCAAAACCACCAGCUGUGAAGCUGACGAUGACCGUGUCCUCGGGGUUUUACGUCCGGUCUCUAUCCCAUGAUUUGGGGCUUGCUCUUGGAAGCAAUGCUAUCAUGAGCGAGCUAAUAAGGACACGACAAGGCGACUUUGAACUAUCUCCUGAAAAGACGCUCGAGUAUUCAGAUAUGGAAGCCGGCGAAAGUGUAUGGGCACCUAAACUCCAACGGUUCUUGGAUGAAUGGAAGAAUAAAGGAGUCCAGCAAGAGGAACGGGCUGAAGAUAAGUCUGUCGCAGCAGAUGCUAAGCAGGAAGCAGAAAAUUAA